UAUUAAAGAGUAAGUAACGCACAGAAGAGAAGAGAAGAGAAAAGGUAAAGGCAGAAGAAGAAGUGAAGCGAAAGAGAAAAAGAGAAGACGCAAUCACUGUUACACAGAAAUAGAAAUGGCUGAUUAGGAUUUAGGUUAGGGUCGCCAUUUCUAUAACUCCGUCAUAACGGUUUCUGUUGCCGCGACCAUUCAACAGUUUUACAUACACGACGUUAUACAAAGCGCCGUCCCUUUCUGUUUCUGUGUUAAUCAGCGAUAUUGUUCGAAGACGAUGACCGCUCCCAAAUCGCUUUCCUUCUUUUCUCUCAACUUCUAGUUUCCAAGAGGAAGUAGGUUGCAGUUUCAAGUUGGAAAUUGAGAUAUCAUGGGAUCAGCUUGUUGUGUUGCUGCGAAGGAUCAUGACCUUCCUAACAGAAGUGGAGGUGAAAGUUUGCAUAGAGAUGUUGUAUGUUCACCAUCAUGGAGCUUUCAGUGGGAUAGUCGGGGUCGUGUUGCUAGUGAAAUUGAGAAUCCCUCCUAUCACACAUCUCAUGUGCUCAGCAGAAACAUCAGCAUGGAGUUAAAAGGUUCAUUGAGUUCUGAAAGAGGUAAUUUAUCUGAUGGGGGAAGCAUCCUGGAAAAUUCUGCAUCUCCUAUUUCUCAAAAGUCCCCAGUUGAUGAGGCAUUCGUUGCAAAUUUGAUGACUCCAUCUUCUGAUCUGUCCAUGUCAAGCAAUUUUUCUACAGUGGUGAAGCCGGGAGAAUCUUCAAUACCAAAUCUUUCAUUUUCAAUACCUUCAGUUUUCUCAACGCCUACAGCUGAUCCUUUGCCUAAUCAUAAUUAUCAUCAUCUUCCCAACUCUACCCCGACAAGAUGGGCACAUCGAUCUCCAGGACACCCACUAUUGAGACAGAUUUCUGAUAGUCGGAUCUUGGGUCUGAAAUCACCGGACAACUCAAUUUCUGAAGGAAGGCCAUCAUUUGUACUCUCCACUUGCAGUAAUGAAAUGGCAGCUGGAUCCCAAUGCGGAUCAUCUGAUGGCUGGUCCAUGCGCACCUUUUCUGAGCUGGUGGCCUCAUCUCAAAGAGAAAGGUGGUCUUUUGAUAGUGAGUGUUUUGGAUCAGGUCGUUGCAAGAUAAGUGGAUCCAGUAGCAGGUUCUCUUAUUCUCCCUCCAUGGAUCUACAAUCUUGUGGGGCUUGCUCAAAGCUUUUGACUGAGAGAUCAACGUGGAACAAUCAGAAGUUUACUGCCAGCAGUGACCUCUCAGUUGUUGCUGUACUGGUCUGUGGUCAUGCAUAUCAUGCAGAAUGCUUAGAGACCAUCGCACCAGAGGCAGAUAGGUAUGAUCCAGCUUGUCCAAUUUGUAUGGUUGGAGAUAAGCACUUGUCAAAGUUGUCCAGAAAGGGUCUUCGGGCUGAAUCAGAGAUAAAGGGCAAGAACCACAAGAUAUCCAGAAACCGUGUAGUUGAUAGCUAUCUUGAUGGUGGUUUUGAUGUUUUUGAUCGCCAAAAAGAUAUGGAAUGGAGAGGAAAAGAUUCAAAGAUGCAGCCUAGCUCCAGUGCAAGGAGCUCAUUUGGAAAACCUUUCUUGAGGCGGCACUUUUCACUUGGGUCCAAGUGGAGCCGAUCUCUGUCUGAGAAUGAUUCUGCCAGGAAGAAAGGCUUUUGGGCAAGAUAUCAUAAAGAUUGAGUUCCAUUUGCUGUGAGACCUCUAAUUAUGGUAGUAAUAACACCAUGUUAUAGAAUUUAAUAUUUUCUAUGUUGUAUAAUUUUAUUGAUAAUUUUAAAUUGUUUUAGAUUAAUUAAUUUUGGCUGUUGACCCGAAAUUCCAUCUGGUUGGUGUGAUUCAUAUGAUUUAUAUGACUAUAACGUCCCUUGGUAAAUGCUGAGCCAAAGCACUGACCAGCACAAGGAGGCAGAGGAAACAAAUGUGCUUAAGAAGAUGCUUCAUGCUACCUGCUACCCUAGGAAAAAUAUUAAGGUUGAA